CCGCGUUCGGAGCGAAUUUAUUUCAAGAAUUACACAAAAUAUUAAAGCGACGGCGUCAACACAAUAAUAAUCUUAAAACAAAAGCAAAUGUUGUUCGGUGGAUUGUGCCAAGUGUUGUGCUAAAUGCUAAAGAAAAUACCAAAAAAAAAGAAGAAAUAAUUCCAGCUAACGGAUAGAUAAAUAAAUAACGGCAUUAAAUUAGCAACAGCAACAUGUUGCCGCUCAAGUUGCUGCUGCUCUUCGGUUGCAGCUGCCUCGGUCUGGCCAAGGCUCAGCUGUUGAAUCAUCCGCCUCAAUUCGUGGCCGGCACUGGAGAUAUGGCGCGGUUCAGCCUUUCGGAGCACACGCCAGUCGGCAGUCCAGUUUAUCAGCUAAAAGGCAUCGACCCGGAGGGCGGACGUCUCAAGUACAGUAUAUCCGGCCCAGUUUUUUCAGUGGAUCGUGAGACGGGAGUUGUGCGUUUGCGCCAGGAGCUCGAUCGUGAGGCCCAAGACAUUGUGGAGGUGAUUAUCAGCAUAACGGAUGAGGGUGUUUAUGGCACCGAACCAAAUACGGUCUCGCUGCGCCGUGAGAUUCCAGUCCGCGACUACAACGAUAAUGUGCCAACCUUCUACGGACGCCCGUACUCGGCGAGUGUCAGCGAAUCGCUGCCCGUGGGAGCUGAAUUGACCAUCGAACCGCCGAUUAUUGUCAUGGAUCGCGAUGAGGGCAUCAAUGCGGAGGUGCAACUGAAAUGUGUGGAGGAAAACGACAUUUGCGACACCUUCGAGGUCCGGGCUGUCAAACUGGGAAAGGGUAACUACACGGCACGCGUGGCUUUAAAGCAGCCGCUGGACUUUGAGAGCAGACCUUCGUACAUUAUGACUGUCAUCGCAUCGGACAGUGCUUCGGAGAAUCGUCUCAGCUCGUUUGCCACCAUUUCCAUUAAUGUAAUCGAUGUGCAGGAUCAUCCGCCCGUGUUCACAAAUGCUCCAUAUUCGGCAACCGUGGCAGAAAACACGCCGGCAGGCAUAAGCAUUCUCACCAUUAGAGCCAUUGACGGGGAUGUCGGAAUACCUCGUGAUAUUUUCCUUUCGUUAGAGGACGAGCCAUUUGGUCACUUCGAAUUGAUCCCGUAUGGUGAUCCCAAAGAUGGCACUGCUAUGUUGCAGACCACGAACGAGCCAUUGGAUCGCGAAAACCCGGAAAUACUUCAGAAUGGCGGGGUUUAUGUGUUUUCCAUACGCGCCACGGAACUCAUUGAUGGCGAAAUACCUUCAGACUACUCGCUCACACGUGUUACCGUCGUAGUAACGGACGUAGACGACCAUAUACCAGAAUUUAAUGAUUCACACUUCAAUGUUUCGAUCACGGAGAAUUUAGGUAAUGGCAUGCCGCUACCGGGCCUUUCAAUUUUUGUUGACGACCGCGACAUGGGCGAAAAUAGUCACUAUGAACUGGGUCUACGUGAUGUGUGGCAAUCAGCGGGUGUCUUUGAGGUGGCGCCAGCCGAGGCGCAGGGUCGCACACCAGUUGUCGUGAAGGUCGUCAAUUCGAGUCGCUUGAAUUAUGAUGUACCAGACGCAGCUCGACGCAAGUUCGAGUUCGAUUUGGUGGCCUCAGUAAAUGGACUGGAAAAGUCGACAGCACGUGUAGAAGUUCAUUUGUUGGAUGCCAAUGACAAUUCACCUGUGUUUGCUCAGCAAACUUACCGGUUUGCGGCUCCAGAGAAUCUCACAGCCGAUGAGCUCAUCGGCUAUGUGAAUGCCACGGAUGCGGAUGCAGGGGAGUUUGGACAUGUGCAGUACAUAUUGAAGGGAUUUGGCGCUGAGAAUUUCUACGUGGAUCCCGAAACUGGUGGCCUAUAUUUACGCAAGAUUCUGGACUACGAGCAGCAGAGUAGCUACAGUCUCACGGUUGUUGCUAUCGAUGGGGGAGGACGUGAGUCAAACGCCAACCUGUUCGUAGAUGUCAUUGAUGUGAAUGACAAUCAUCCGAGCUUCGAAAACAGCGAGUACAGCCGAACUAUACGCGAAGGUGCUUCAAAUUUCGAGCCACAAUUCUUCGUCCGGGCUCGCGAUGCCGACGGUCCCAGUCAGGGUAAUGGGCGUGUGAAAUAUGCCAUUGUGUCGGAGAACAGCAUUGCGGGAAAUGUGUUCCGCAUUGACGAGGAGACGGGCGAAAUAACGCUGCAGAAGGCAGCGCGUUCAAUGGACACGGAACGGGGCGAGUACGAGCUGCAGGUGUCAGCAACUGACUUUGGUAUACCACCACUGAGCACUACCACACGAGUGUUGGUUCGAGUCGGCAUCUCAGGCAAUCAGCGUCCCAUUUUUAGAGGUCAUUUCCAGAAUGUGGAAAAUGUUCCAGUAUUGGGACCACCCAGCUACCGUGUUUCCAUACCCGAGAACGCAGCCCCAGGCUACAAUGUUACCACAGUAUCUGCCCAUGAUCCCGAUGGGUUGGAUAGCCUGCUACGAUACCGAAUUGUGGGCGCCAACGAUAACUUCCAAAUAAAUGAGAUCUCCGGCUUGAUCACAGUCUCACCGCAAUCACGCAUCGAUCGCGACUCUAACAUGAAUAGCUUUGAGAUUAUUGUGAAUGCGGUGGAUGCGGGCGUGCCCAUACCUGAAACAGCAACCACGACUGUCUAUGUGAAUGUUAAAGACAUUAACGAUGAGAAACCGAAAUUCGAACACUCCAACUAUGCGGCCUAUGUUUCAGAAAGAACCGCCAUAGGCGAGAGCGUACUGCGGGUGAAGGCUAUAGAUAAGGAUCUCAACUCCCGACUAGAGUACAGUCUGCAGGGCUUGGUUAAGGCAACCACCAAAGCCGGCGUCAGCAUUGCCAAUCGAAGUAACUACAAGGUGCAGGAGGCCUUCCGCAUUGAUAGCCAGAGUGGCGAGAUUUUCGUGAACAGUACGCUGCGUCAUGAUGUGGCAGCCAUUAUCAUUUUUACCGUAGCUGUUCGGGAUUUGAAUGCGGAAGUGGCACCGGAGGAGCAAGUUGAUACUACUGAGGUUACGGUCUAUGUGCAAUCGUUCAAAGAUACCAAUCCUGUGUUCAAUAACCCUGGCUGGACGAGCUCUCGACCAGUUGUCAAUAUUAAAAUCAAGGAAGAAAUGCCAAUUGAUAGCGCGCUGUUCAUACUUCAAGCUGAAGAUCCCGUUAAUGAGCAACCGAUUACUAGCUUUGAGUUGGUAGAGCCAAAGGAAUUGGAAUACUUUCAAAUAUCGGAGCGCACUGGUGAGAUCAUUCUGAAAAAGCGCUUGGACUAUGAAGCUCUGGCGGAGAGUGGUAGCGCUGAGUUUGAGUUGCAGGUUCGGGCCACUUCCGCUGAUCGUCAGAGAAGCACUAUUACUCGUGUUAACGUGACCGUUGAGAAUGUAAACGAUAAUAGUCCGUUAUUCGAGCAAAGCUCUUACCACGCCACCAUCAUAGAGAACAAAAUGUACCCAGAGAGUGUGAUGCGAGUGCAGGCACAGGACAAAGAUGCGGCGCUCAAUGAACACGACGAGCUCUUGGGUUAUAACAGAAUUGUCUAUUCGCUGCAGGGUGAGCAUGCAGCGCUCUUCGAGAUUAACAGCACCACCGGGGAAGUGAUCGUGGCCCGCAAUCAGACCAUCGAUCGUGAGCGCACUCCACGCAUCCGACUGCAGGUGAAGGCAGAGGACUCUCCGGGAAAGCCCACCGAUUCCAAACAGAGCGUGGUGGAACUGCUUAUCGAUGUUCUCGAUGUGAAUGACAAUGCUCCGGAGUUUGGACAGAAGAAAUAUAGCACAGUAAUACCGGAGAAUGCGCCCAUAGACACGUUUGUGCUGCAGCUACAGGCCACCGAUGCCGAUGAGGGGCCCGGUGGAGAAGUGCGCUACGAGCUUGCAAACGAGGGUGAAGCCAACGGUCUGUUUAAGAUCAACCCAGAAAGCGGUUUGAUAUCUACGCGUCGCAAUCUGACUGGUAAAGGUCGUGCCGAGCCUUACGCACUGAUUGUCCGUGCUCAGGACAAUGGAAAUCAGGUGCCCAAGCAGCCCACACUCUCAACCGAUGUCGAUGUUCAAAUCUUCAUUGGUGAUGUGAGCGCCAACGACGGUGUACCCUACUUCGUAUCGCCUCGAGUCGGACAAAUGGCAAAUGUGACGGAGAAUGCUGCUGUUGGUGCGCCCGUUUUCCAAGUGCUGGCUAGCGAUCCGGAUGAUGCCAGCACGCCAUCGGGCACCAUAACUUAUCGCAUAUUGCCGGAUACGCCCGAUGCCGAAGUGUUUGCCAUAGAUACGCACACAGGACUGAUAACUACGCGACAAUCGCUGGACCGUGAGGAAAAGAACAUGUACAAUGUGUUGCUGGAGGUCAGCGAUAAUGGACAACCGAAGCAGUCGGUGACGCGCAUCUUGCAGAUUGAAGUACUGGAUGUGGAUGAUCAUGUGCCCAGAUUUCCAAGAGAAGUUGACGAGGGCCCUUUGGUGCUGUCUGUUAGCGAGGAGCAGCCGGCGGGCACUGUGGUGGGUAACUUUAGUGCCAUUGAUGAGGACCUGGGGGAGAAUGCAGCCAUAGAUUAUGUAAUUAUCGAAGGCAAUAACGAGCAGCUUUUUGCUAUUGAACGGACCAACGAAAGCGUUGCUAUUUUGAAGACCAAUCAGCCCAUCGAUCGCGAGCUCGUUGAAUCGUUCACGCUGACAGUUAAAUGCCUAAAGGUUGGCGAGUCGGGCAUUAAGUUCAUAGGCGAUACCUACGAUCGACAUGACCCUUCGCAUAUGCGGCUCACCAUUAAAGUGUUGGACAUUGAUGACAACUUGCCGCAAUUCGACCAGCAGGACGCAACCGUGGGGAUUCGGAUUAAUGUGCCCAUCGACACAGUAGUCACCACGUUGCGGGCUCGAGAUGCUGAUGCCGAGGCCGCGCCGAUUACUCUGUCCAUUGAGAAUGUGACCUUUGUGCCACAGUUCUAUAAGCGCAGUCGCAAACUCGCCAUGGGAAAUCUUCAAAACUUGUUCACGCUCAAUAAUCGCACGGGUGAACUACGCACUGGUGGCUCCUUUUCUGACUACGUCGAUGGCUACUUCCUGAUGCGUGUGACCGCCAACAACUCAGCUCUGCCAAAGCGCCAUGCGCACAAUAAUCUCAAGGUCUUUGUCAUACGGGACAAGUCCUUGUUGAAAUUUGUUUUCGCACGCCCUCCCAACGAGAUACAGCACAACAUUCGCCCAUUCCAGGAGCAGUUGCAGAAGAAGCUGAAACCUCUAGGCUUGGAACUGCAUGUGCUCGACACACAGGUCUUUACGCGUUCCGACAUGAGUUUGGACUUCACAGCCACGAGCUCCUGCUUUCAAAUGUUCCGCAACGGCAUGGCCUUGCCCCUGCAGGAAAUGCAAAAGCUGAUGAACUCGCAGCAACUGCGUCAGGAGCUCCUCGACAUCUAUGCGGCGCAUGGAGUGAGCGAAGUGGAGUCCUGUUCGGUCCGAAAGGUCCACACUGCAGCCUUGUUUGCCGGCAUGUUGACAUCUGCAGGUGCCUGGCUGGUCUUUCUUGCGGCGCUGAUAGGAGUGGCUGCCCUUGUUGCUCUCUGUACAGCCUGUUGCCUGAAGAAGAAACUCAAGCAGCACAGCAAACGCAGUCUUCAGGCAAGUCUGCGCUCACCGACAGAGCACACUCCCUCCUAUAGCUACUCCAUGCCCGCCGUCCUCUACUCGGAGCCCAUCUACGGACCUUUGUAGCCGCAAGUAAUAUUCUGCACUUCUAGCAGAUGGCCCAGCAGUUCCCGGUCUAGCGUAGUGUACUGACCACGCAAACGAACACAACUUUAGAAAUUUAGUGCUCAAGAUUAAUGAUAAAGACUUACAAACUGGGCUAGCCCGAGGAACGGGUUGGAAAUGUGAGCGCGCACGCCAAACAGUCCAUACUAUGCAUACUACUACUAGUAUGCAUGUGAUUUAGUAUGUACGCCUUAAGAUAAUUUAAACUAAAGUGUAUAAAGUCGACAUAGCAAUUUAAAUAAUAGUCUUAAUUAAGUUACAAAAAUGAGCGAGUCAUUUCUUUGUGUCAUUUGCCCUUAAAUGAUAUCCUGUUGCCGCGAUAAUUUUAACACGUCUAGAUUUAUAUUUUAGCCUUUUUAUCCAAUAGUUUGUUUGCUAAUAAAAUGAUAAACGGCUGCAAAAUAAAUACACAUUUAAAUGUAGUAGUUCAGCAUUCUUCUUGAAAAAGGGCGCCCUUUGCGUGUUUUUCGAAGCUUAGUUUUCAAACCACACACAGAAUGCAUAUGUUUUUAUUUUCUCGUUAAGUAAAUAUAUUUAUAAAUGUUAUGUGCGCAAUGUGUUUGUGUAUAUAGUAUACUUGUAUGUGUUAGUAUAAGUAGGUUUGGAAUGUGAACAUGUGUGCAAAUAAAUUGUAAUGGAAAAUACACGCAACUA